UUAAAGCUGUAUGUAUAAUGUAUAUAUCAUCUUCAAAAGAAGAAGAAAAAAAGAAUCCCAUUCUCUCUUACUUACAUUUGUUCUUCAACCUCUUCUCAUAUUAUUCCAUUCCAUUCUAGAGAGAGAGAGAGAGAGUAGAGAGAGAAAGUCAGAAGAAUAGAAUGUUCCAUCAGAAAAAGCCACCAAAUAUGAACACUAAUAAUAGUAAUAAUAAUUCUUCUCAUAUGUUCGUCGACGGAGAUCACUCCGGUCUCGUUCUCACUACCGAUCCAAAGCCUCGUCUCCGAUGGACCGUCGAACUCCACGAACGCUUUGUCGACGCCGUUGCACAGCUCGGUGGCCCCGACAAGGCUACACCAAAGACAAUCAUGAGAGUUAUGGGUGUUAAGGGUCUCACUCUUUAUCAUCUCAAAAGCCAUCUUCAGAAAUUUAGGCUGGGAAAGCAGCCUCACAAAGAAUUCAAUGAUCAAUAUUCAAUGAAAGAUGUUGAGAGAGCAUCGUCGUUAGAACUUCAACGAAACAAUACGUCGUCGUCUGGAAUCGCGGCCCGUAAUAUGAACGAGAUGCAAAUUGAGGUCAACAGAAGACUGCAUGAACAAUUAGAGGUUCAAAGACACCUGCAAAUCAGAAUCGAAGCUCAAGGUAAGUACAUGCAAACCAUUCUCGAAAAAGCCUGCCAAACCCUCUCCUCCGGCGAGAGCAACGCCGCCGCGGCGGCGGCAUCGGCGUCUUCUUCAGGUAUGUACGGAUUCUCAGCCGCAAAAAAUUUUCUGCCGCCGCCGCCGCCGGAGAAUAACUUCCCGUAUCUUCAAGAUCUCAACAUAUACGGAGGCGGCGAUCAUCAUCAAAUAAUUAGUAAUAAUAAAAGCGGGAAGAGCCCGUUGAUCUGGGCCGAUGAUUUCAGGCUCCGGGAACUCGGACAAUUAUCAGCCGUUGAUGAUGACGACGGCGGCGGCGAUGAACGCCACCAGAUUCAGUUUACCUCUCUUUCGAUUGAUCAUACAGCUUCGGAUAUUAAUAUUAAUUAAUUAAUUAAUUACGUGGCGGCGGCGGCUGAGAGGAUAUGAAUCAAUUAACCACUGAUCGACCUGCUGCCGGCGCCGGCGGCGCGCCACCUGGCUGCAGCUCGCCGUAAUAUAUGUAAUCUUUCUUACACACACAUUUUUAUUUUCCAAAAUAAUUUACAGGGUUUGAGAGUUUGAAUUAACAUUUACAAUUUACAAGUGUUGUAAUAAUUCAGUGCACAUAUGCUAAUUGGCGCUGUAAUUUUUCGUUUCGCGCGCUAAUUAAUUACGUAGGAACUUGUUAAUCAUGUAUUAAUUAUGUUUUAACUUAUG